AUGUCACAGGGAUCUGGUCAUCCAUGGAAACUUCCCAGUCUCCUAUGCGGGUUUUCUACUUAUCAUCUUAAUCUCCCUGUUAAAAUCCCUUCACUCCAGCAAGAGUUUAUCGAUGAAUUCAGUCAGCCUCCGUUGAAAGAAAGAUUUUUUAGUUUUAGAAAAGAAAACAUUGCUAAACUCGAAUCCAAGGCCAAUGAUGAAAUUGGAAAAACGUCUAGUAUUUCUUCUCUACAAGUACUUUUGGCUCAUAUAAGGCGAUCUGUGAUAAGCUGCCGUGGAAUUGAUGAUGCCAACCAAAAGGUUACUUUCAUACUACAUAUGGGUGCAAGAAAUUGGCUAUUACCGCCUUUGUGGGAAGGUUAUUUUGGGAAUGCUAUACAUGGAGGCAUCGUAAUGAGCAUGCCAAACGAGUUACUAAGCCAUGGACUAGGUUGGACUGCCCAGAAACUGAAGCAAAUUAAAGCUACUCAAACUCAUGAUGAAGAAACAAAAUAUUUCUCUGUAGAAUGGUUAAAAAGCCCUCUGAUGGUGAAGGAGCGUAGUAUUAACAUUUUUGUCGUACGCAGCUCGCCCUGGUUCAGUGUGUAUGGAAAUGACUUGGGAUGGGGAAAACAAAUUAGAUGGAAAGUUGACUGUAUUUCAAGGGCUUGA